UCUCUCAUAAAUUCAUAAUCCCCUUUUCUGGCUCUCUCUCUCUCUCUCAAUGACGAGAUCAGGUGUGUCGCUCCUCCCUGCAGGACUCACCGCCGUUAUUGUUCUAGUACUGCUAGUCCAUCAAACUUUCGGCGUUAAGGACGGUGAUCACUGUGCUACUUCCUGCGGCAAUAUCCACAACAUAAGUUAUCCGUUUCGAUUGAGAGGCCAACCAGCAAACUGCGGCAACCGAAGGUUUAAUCUGUCAUGUGAGGACAAUCAAGCUGUGCUAUACUUAUUUGGCGGAAAAUAUUCCGUACAGGAAAUCGAUUACAGUAACCAAACAAUACGAGUUGUGGAAUCGGGUAUUCAGAAGGAUAAUUACUCCUCUAUCCCUCGUUAUUUUCUUAAUCCCUACAAUUUCUAUGCACCCGAUGCUCCUCCAUAUUAUCUGUUCUCUUAUCUGAACCCGAGUGCGGUGGCUUUUUUGAAGUGUGAAAAACCAAUAUUGAAUCCUGGGAUCUAUCUGAACAAAUCUACCUGCUUUGAGAGUGGAGUGUAUUCCGCGUCCAACUCUACUAAUAAUUUGACCCAAUCCAAGCUGGGGUUUGAUUAUGUUACAUAUGGGUGGACGAAAGCAAGCGAUGUUGUGGAUGAAUCGUGCCAAGUAGAGCAGAUUGUUUGGACAUCGGAGCAAGGCCAAUUACCAGAUGAUGAUGAAAGAAACUUCUCCUGUACAGACUACCACAACAAAUUGGCCUAUGGUUUUCAGCUUACAUGGUUCCCUAUGGAUUGUAUUAAUAGGUGUGGCGAUUGGGUUUAUUGCAGCGUUGACCCGAAUGGCACAGUAGUCUAUAGCGACGACGGAUCAUGUAUUGGACUCCCUAAAGAAAUAUUUUGGUUAUACAAAGGUACCACGGCAUUAACAGGAUUCCGCGGCAUACUACGUACUUUAAACAAGGCUAUUCAAGAAAAGUUUUUCCAUCAGAGCGGUAAGAAUCCAUAACUCACUUUUAUUAAUUUUCCUUAUAAUUAUUUUUUGUCUUCAGUUGAUUAUUCUCUUUUUCAUUUUUUAAGGUACAUGUAAGUGAAUCAUAUAUAUACUGACACAUGCCCCUAACUAAUUAAAAACAGUUACAAAAAUAAACUCAUGAACCCCUUGCCGUAUCUUUUUUUUUUUUUUUUUUUUUUUUUAUGAGAACGGCACCUCC